AUGGGAUUCUUCAUUUUCACAAUUUUACUGACUUUAAAAAUUUACGACAUUCUUGAUCGAUCAUAUUGGUUUUUGUUUACACCAUUGUUUGCGGCAUCCAUUUUGGACGGAUACUUUCUUUUCAUCGUGUUUAUUCGAACAAUUUUGCUAUAUAGAGAGAACAAAGUGGCGCCAGUGAGAUGGACCCUCCGUACGAUAAGUCGAUAUUUUUUCAACUGGAUUAGACUUGCCCUAACUUUAUUAUUUGAGAUCUGGAUCUGUCACAAAAUAGAUGGAGACCUCAAUCCGAUGCAGGUUUCUCUCCAACACGGAUAUUCAAUGGUCUUUGUACCAGUGUGGAUUUUAAUGAUAAGCCUUUGCAUCCAAGCCUGCAGAUUGUUU